GUGUUGAUGUCGUCAGCUAUGAAUUUACUGUAAAAUGUAAAUUUCAAUCAAUGGUGUUAAAAUAAUGUUGUAAAACCGACAAAUCUCUUCGGUGUCUACUACGUAGUAGUAUAUAUUUGACAUUGGCUGAAUGAACAUAUUAUAAUAAUGCAUAGUAAACGUGCACGUUUUUUAUCGGAUGAAUGAUACGUUACUACAAUGGAUAGAACCUAAUAGAAUGUGAAAAAUUAUAUAUUUUUUCAAUAAGAAGAAAGGUUAUCCUGCCUAUAAUAUAUAUUUAUUUGUAAUCAGAAUAUAAUAUAUUAUAAUUCAUUGGAGAAUUCAAAUACUAUUUGUUUACUUUGUUCCAAUCGAAUUGUAUAAAUUCAUUGCCAGUCCUUUGGUUUCCGAUCGUUAUCAAUAUUUUAUCAGCCAUUCAUAUGGAGGCUAAGUUAAAAGAAUAUCGCGCUCUCCGCCGCAGAAAAGAACUGUUGGAUAGUGCCAAAGAUAAAAUAGUAAAGUCUAAAGACAAGUUUAUAAACUUUAUCAUUCCUAAAAUCUUUCGAGACAUGGCUAGGAAGGAGGAAGAGGUUUUACUGAUGGAGGAUGAAGACGAAUUGGAUGAUAAAAGUUGUCUCAUCAUGGAAGAAAGUGUAUCAGAAGUCAGUGAAAUUGAAUCUCUUGUUGAAGACCAGGAGUCAUGGAAUCAUUGUCUCAUUAAAUGGUCAAUUAUUGCUGUGAUAUGGCUAUGUUUUUAUAUAAUAUUCCUCAAACUACAAUUUGGUGCUGUUUAUUUUGUUGUUACUAUUUUAAUAGGAAUUUAUCUUAAUACAAGAACGGGGCCCCGGCGGAAAGGUGAGAUCUCAGCUUACAGCGUAUUUAACAAAAACUGCAAGAGCAUAGAUGGUACUUUGAAAGCUGAACAAUUUGAAAAUGAAAUAAGAUUUGGUGCUGGCAGAGUGAGACCUUUUUAACAACACAGGAAAGAUCAUGUACUUUUUUAGGAAUAAAUUAUUGUGAUAAUUCAUUAUUUUAAUUUAUUUAAUACUGCAAAGGUUUAAUUAUAUAAAUAUUGAUCUUAACAACAUGUUGAGGUUUGCAGUCGUAAUUUUGUAUAGAUUUGUUAAAAGAGAUGUAUUAAUUAUAAUAAUUAUAUAUAUAAUAAUUAAUAAAUUAAAUGAAUUUAAUUGUAA